CCUGAUUGAGACUUCAAAAGUUGCGUUCGAUGGAGGAAGCAGGCGUCGUGGCUUUGGCUGCACGAGUCGAAGCACUGGAUGUACGCCUUCGCGGCGUUGAGGGCGUGGCUCGUGUGGCGAAAGACAUCAGAAGCCGACGAGUCUACAGCGCCAGGCUCGAGCGAGCUCCUCACGACUACUACAAAUGGGUACUGGCGGACCGAGCCAAGUUUCUGAAAUGUACCGUGGCCCAGCUAUGCAAAAGCAUUAUCAUGGAAAACGUUGCGUGGAAAUCCGAGAUGCACCACGUCCCUCGUUACGUGUGUGUGAUCGUGCAAUACAAGGCCAAAAUUAACUCGGACAAAGUGGCCAAGUUGAUCCGGGAUGCUGGUAGCAACACGAUCGAUAAGAUUUCUCGGAAGCAAGUCAAUUUCCAGCACGCUCCUCCCGACACGUCCGCCCAGCUGACUGGUUUUGAAUUCAACGGCGUGUCGCCGUACGGCAUGACCACACCUCUUCCGGUGGUCGUGUCCGCCCCAGUGUUGGAACUGCCAUACAUUUGGCUCGGCGGUGGCGCGCACAAUGUCAAGUUGAAAGUUGCGGUGUCCCAAUGCAUUGAAUCCCUUGGCGCAAUCGUUGGCGACGUCUCUGAAUCCCGAAACGAAGGGUAGAUCGAGCUGCUGCCACGGACGAGCACCGUCAUCGAUUCAUGCCUCACGCCAAAAAAGUAGAAUCGAGUAGCGUCAUUUACAUUUCAAACAUGUGCGUGAAUGGCCCGUUCGAUUCAAAGUGCAAGGCCUGCAACGACGACUGAGGUACGGCAAUAGCCAAAGGGCGACAGUCACGGUACCUGGCGAUUUCCAAAAGU